GCUGCAGGGCAGAGGGGAAAAAAGAAAGUGAGAAGGCAGGGGAAAAAAGGAAGUUAAGGUAUUCAAGAGAGGGAAAGUAGGAGGAACAAAAGGUGAAUAUUUAAAGAGCGACAACAGGACAGAGGGGUGUUAGAGACGACUUGGGAACAGACGGGGGGAGUAGGGAAAGACUUUAUCAAGAUCUUGGGGCUUGGAGCUUUCUUUUUCCUGUUCCCUGCUGGGCUGUUUUCAAGUUUUUUGAGACCCGUGGCUAUUUUUGUCAGUAAGUGUCGGAGUGGUUUGGGAUGGAUGCCAUCAUGCUGCAAGAAAAACUUGUGGAACGACUGCUGUGCCCACGAGUGAGAACAGCCAGACAGAAGGAGAAACAGUAUGUGGGAUUCGCAACUCUGCCCAACCAGGUCCACAGGAAGUCUGUGAAGAAAGGCUUCGACUUUACUCUGAUGGUGGCAGGGGAGUCUGGUAUGGGUAAAUCCACCCUGGUCAACAGCCUGUUCCUCACAGACCUCUACAAAGACAGGAAGUUACUGAAUGCUGAGGAGCGCAUCAACCAAACUGUGGAGAUCAUCAAACACACCGUAGACAUCGAGGAGAAAGGAGUCAAACUCAAGCUGACCAUUGUUGACACGCCGGGGUUCGGAGACGCCGUCAACAACAACGAGUGCUGGAAGCCCAUCACAGACUACAUCGAUCAGCAGUUUGAACAAUACUUCAGGGAUGAAAGCGGCCUGAACAGAAAGAACAUCCAAGACAACCGAGUGCACUGCUGCCUAUACUUCAUCCCUCCAUUCGGACAUGGUCUUCGUCCAGUGGAUGUUGAGUUCAUGAAGGCUCUGCAUGAAAAAGUGAACAUCAUCCCACUCAUCGCAAAAGCUGACUGCCUCACACCAAACGAGAUAAAGAAGCUCAAAGACCGAAUACGAGAUGAAAUAGAGAAGUUCGGGAUCAAAGUGUACCAGUUCCCUGAAUGUGACUCUGAUGAGGAUGAAGAGUUUAAGCAGCUUGACAAGGAGCUGAAGGAGUGCACCCCGUUUGCUGUGAUUGGCAGUAACACCGUGGUGGAGGCUCGGGGGCAGAGGGUGAGGGGGAGGCUGUACCCCUGGGGCAUUGUGGAAGUGGAAAACCAGUCGCACUGUGACUUUGUGAAACUGAGGAACAUGCUGAUUCGCUCGCACAUGCACGACCUAAAAGACGUAACCUGUGACGUCCACUACGAAAACUACAGAGCACAGUGCAUACAGGAGAUGACCAGUAAACUGGCCCAGGACAACCGUAUGGAGAGUCCCAUUCCCAUCUUGCCAAUCUCCACUCCUGACGUAGAGACUGAGAAGCUUAUCAAAAUGAAAGAUGAGGAGCUGAAGAGGAUGCAGGAGAUGCUGAAUAAGAUGCAGCAGCAGAUGCACGAUAAAGAACAGUGAUGUCUCUCCCGGGGCUGCAGCGCCCCCUGCUGUUUCUCCUCUGACAGUGAGACCCUCAGACGAUGAACAUGGAUUAGUGUUAGUGGCAACUGUUGCUGUGCAUUUCUCCUCAGUUUGGUGCUUUGUAUAGUUUGUCUGCCUGGAGGGUUGUGUGUCAGAGGGUGUUUUCAUCUCUGAAACUAUCCACAUGCCCAUUUUGAGCCCCACCACCCCACCCCCGCUGUGAUUUAACAGUCUUAACAUAUAUAGUAUAAAUGCCUAAUUUAAAUUACUACUCAGUGUAUCUAAUUUAUAAAUGCAAUGCUUAACCUUUUGGAUAUUUUGUCAGGGUAUGAACUUGCGUGCUACAACUUGUUUUGUAAAAAAAAAAGAUUUGGGUUGUUGGUGAUGUUUCAAUCUGAACAUGGAUAUUGUUUUUUAUCAUGUGUUUGUGAGUGUGUGUUUGAGUAUGUGAGUUUGUGUAUCUAAUGAAAUUUCCUCCAGUAUCAGCCAAUUAUCCGUCCACAAAACUUCUAUUUGUCCUUUUGACCUUAUACUUUGUUCUCAGAUCCUCAUAAAAACCUUCAUGUGACAUUUUUUUCACAAAUGGCAACUCAAAAGAAUCUCUCCCAGCAUAUUUUACAUGCUGGCUGAGCUGAAAAUGCACUUACUUGCCAGUGGCUUACUGUGAAUGGAGAGCCUCAGAGAGGGUCACUGCAGUGCAGGAUGCAUGUACGAGCAUGCUGUCAUUAUUCAUGUCUGCUAAAUGCUGAGGGCCUAUUUUUACUGCUUUAUAGUCAAUGCCCUGUGCUUGUAUUUAAAAUGCUUCAUGCCCUACAGUCUGCUUUGUCGAAAAAAAUGAAAGAUCAAUAACAGGGAGAGAAUACUGUGUCUAUGCUUUUGUUCUGAUUUCUCUCCUUAAAGGUGAGCUGCUGCCUCCUGCCAGUGAAGAUGUGUAACGUGAGUGUGAAUGGAGACUAUUUCAGAGUGUGUGUGUGUGUGUGUGUGUGUGUGUGUGUGUGUGUGUGUGUGUGUUUGCUGAUGCUGAAGAACAGUACAUAUUUUGCCUGAAGGUUGUGAGCUCAGCCUGUUCCCCGUUUAUAAAGGUGUGACAAAUAAACACUUGUUUCUUGUC